AACUUGAUCCUGAACUGUUCCUACCUACAAGAGCCAUAACCGAGUACACCCUUUUACCAGAAUGUCUGACUACUCAGACUACGAGUUGGAGCGCGAGGCGAACAUUGCGAAGAACCGUGCACUCCUGGCCACUUUGGAUGUCACUGCCGAUUUACCCCCACCGAAGAAGCGGGAGAAAACUGCACAGCCGACCGCCAAACCUGUCCAGGCCGCUAAUAAGACCAAACGAGAGAAGCAGGCCCCUCCUCCCGUCCGACAGUCUGUGCGUCUCAGGAAACCAGUCGUAGAUCCAAACGAAAGCGUAGCAAAGAAGCGUAAGCGAGAGAAAGAAGAGGAAGAGAGGCGAGCCAUGGAAGAAGAAGAACGACUGGAGGCGGAAGAGAAAGCCAGACAGGUGAAGAAGCCCCGCCACUAUGAUUUGGAUCUCCAGGACGUCGCACAGGAACUAGAGCCCAACGAACUGUCUUCCCUUAGAUCAACAUUUACAACGGCCGUUCAGACGGUAUAUCCCAAACGUGUAGGAGAUCCAGAUGACCUAGUGAUCGAAGAGAAUGCGAAGGAGAAGGCUGCUGUGGCAGAAUUGCGAGAAAAACUAGGGAAUUUGAAGGUGGUCUCCCGUGCGAAGGUGACCCAAGAGCGAGUCUAUAGUGCGGCAUACCACCCAGACCCAACAAAGGACCUGAUUUUCUUCGGAGACAACCACGGCGCCCUCAGCAUAUGGGACGCACGAGCUCCGACCGAGGAUGUUACAGAUGCGGACGAUGAUGUGUCUGCCGCGGCCGAUGAAACGGCUGGGACGAGCUGGCGGAUGCAACUGCAUUGGCCUGCAAGUUCACGGUCGUCAAUCACUAGUAUCAAGUUCGAUCCAGUUGACGCACAUAGUGUUUUCACGAGUGCGUACGACUGCACUGUCCGGAAGCUAUCCUUCACAUCGGGCAUCUCGACCGAGGUAUUCUCAAUGGAUGACACCCUCAUCACCUGCAUCGACCUGCCUGCGGCCGGGAACGAACUGUGGAUAUCCGACGCAGCGGGCGGUCUGACGCAUCUGGAUCUGCGAGAGGACAGGUCAAAGGCGCGUUGGUAUCAGGUAUCUGAUAAGAAAGUCGGGACGGUCAGCAUAAACCCUACUGCGCCGCACUACUUAGUAGCAGCGUCUAACAGCCAUGCCAUGAGACUUUGGGAUACCCGCAAAUUGCGAGACAUUGAAGUGGAUACGGACGGCGAGAGAGAAAACCCGAACGACUUCGACCAAGACAUCAUCACCGACUACCUUGGAUCGCCCAAAGGCAAGGGCUGCCUUCGCGCAGAAUGGCGGCAUGGCAAAUCUGUGAGCUCAGCAUACUGGGAUCCAAAAGGAAAAUACAUUGUCAGCACCUGCUAUGACGACCUCAUUCGAUCGUGGGAUUUCAGCGGCUCCAUCCUCAAAAGCAACACCACAUUCCCUUCCUCUCGUCCAUUCAGCCAGCUCAGGCAUGACUGCCAGACGGGGAGGUGGGUAACAGUGUUCAAAGCACAGUGGUCGCCCAAUCCGGAUUAUUACCCGCAUUUUACGAUCGGUAACAUGAAGCGUUCACUAGACAUAUAUUCGGGAAGGGGCGAACUGGUGGCUCGAUUGGCAGAUCCGACCAAGAUCUCUGCUGUUCAAGCAGUGACUUGCUCGCAUCCUAGUGUCGUCGAUCGGGUUGCGAGCGGUAACGCCAGUGGCAGAUGCGUCUUGUGGGGACCACCAAACUUGUGAAGCCCUACUACCCUACUGCCCUUGUUUCCUACUUUAACUUUUAUGUACUCAUUUCUUUGGAGUUUUUGUCGUUGAGCCAUGGCCGCGGUUGGUGUACACUGCGUAAACGAUCGUCAGCGUCGGGAAGUGUUACGGCCUCCAUAUAUGAUGUCACAGGAGACUAACACAUCGAUGAGCAACGUGGACGGAUGUUCGUAAGUAGACAGCAUGUUCGGAGGCCGGAAACGCAUGUUUCCAGCGAACAUGCUACGAACAUGAAUCAAGGGGAAGCAUUUUCG